CUGCAGAUACAGAAUACUACAGUAGUAAGAAAGAUCGUCUCUUUUGGUUGGAGGAAGAAGAGAAGCGAAUUAAGGUUGAAAUCGAGGUUGAUCGACCGACAAUGGGUGAACUGAUCCCAGGGCUCCCCGAGGACGUGGCGCGGGAAUGCCUGCUCCGGGUGGGGUUCCGGCAGCUCCCCGCGGCGCACCACACCUCGCGGCUGUGGAAGGCGGAGGUGGAGUCGCCGCUCUACAGCCGCCUCCGCCGGGCCAACGGCCUGUCCCGCCCGCUCAUCGCUCUCUCCCAGGCCUUGCCCCCGCUCGCCACCUCCGGCCCCGCCUGCAAGUACGCCGCGUCCGCCGCCCUCUCCAACUCCUACCGCCUCGUGCUCCACGACCCGGCCGACGGUGGCUGGGCCACGCUGCCCCCGCUCCCUGGCGGCGGGGGCCUGCCGCUCUUCUGCCAGCUCGCCGCCGUGGCGUGCGGGGGGAGGAGGAAGCUGGUGGUGCUCGGCGGGUGGGACCCCGAGACGUGGACGCCGACGGACACGGUGCACGUGUACGACUUCCUGGCGGGCGCGUGGCGGCCCGGCGCGCCGAUGCCCGGGCCGCGGCGCUCGUUCUUCGCGUGCGCGGCGGCGGGAGGGAGGGUGUUCGUCGCCGGGGGCCACGACGAUCAAAAGAACGCGCUGCGGUCGGCCGCGGCCUACGACGCCGAGGCCGACGCGUGGGCGGCGCUGCCCGACAUGGCGCUGGAGCGGGACGAGGCCAGGGGCGUCUGCGUCGACGGCAGGUUCGUCGUGGUCGGCGGGUACCCGACGCAGGCGCAGGGCCGGUUCUCCGGCACCGGCGAGGCGUUCGACACGGCCGCCUGGGCGUGGGGCCCGGUGCAGGAACGGGUGGUGGAUGAGGGGACAUGCCCGAGGACUUGCUGCGUUGCGCCGUCCGCGGCAGGGCCCAUGUACAUGCUUCGUGACGGCCACCUUGCGGCGCGGGACAGCGGCAACCCGUGGCGGUCGGUAGCGCGGGUGCCCGAGGACGGAGGCGCGGCGACGACAGUCGUGGCCAUCGGAGACGGGCGCGUCGUCGUUGUUGGCGCCGGGCUCCACGGUGGUGGUGAAAAGUUCGUGUACGUGCUCAGCGAGGAGACUGGAACCAAUGGGGCGGCGCCGUCGUGGGCGCGCGCCGUGGCACCGCCGGAGUUCGCCGGGCACGUGCAGGCCGCGUGUUGCGUAGAAGUAUAG